CCACGUCUCUGCGUUGAUCCCGCUGGUUCACGUUCCGCUCAUCUUUGUCUUUUCGACCGAAAACACUCAACCAAUCCCACUUUACCUUUUAUCCCCGUUUCUAUAGGCUUCCCUUCCCUGUCCCUGGCAGACCAGAUGAGUCUACUACAGAGCGGUUGGAUGGAGAUCCUGAUCCUGCGCGUGGUGUUCCGCUCGCUGACCUUGGAGGACCGGCUGGUGUACGCCGAGGACUACGUCAUGGACGAGGACCAGUCCAAGCUGGCCGGCCUGCUGGACCUCAACAACUCGGUGCUGCAGCUGGUGAAGAAGUACAAGGCUCUGGGACUGGAGAAGCCCGAGUUUGUGGUGCUCAAAGCCAUCGCGCUCGCCAACUCGGACUCCAUGCAGAUCGAGGACAGCGAGGCGGUGCAGCGGCUGCAGGAUGUCCUGCACGCGGCCCUGCAGGACCUGGAGGCGUCCUGCCACCCGGAGGACCCCCGGAGGGCGGGCAAGCUCAUCAUGUCCCUCCCCCUGCUGCGGCAGACGGCGGCCCGCGCGGUCCAGCACUUCUGCAGCAUCAAGCAGGACGGCCGCGUGCCCAUGCACAAACUGUUCCUGGAACUGCUGGACGCCAAGGCCUGACA